AUGUGGCUCCUUGAUACUAGAACCGCCCAGCUCCACCACUUCAACUCGCCGGAGGAUGUUCCUGGAGGCUACGCGAUCCUCUCGCACGUGUGGGACGAAAAGGAGCAAUCGUUCCAAAACCUUCAGAGGCUAUGUCAGCUCUCCGCCGAAAUCGGGACCAAUCCCCGCGACAGCGCUUCGCCCAAGAUCCGGGAGUUCUGCAUGCUCGCCGAACGCCACGGCCACGCAUGGGCUUGGUGCGACACUUGCUGCAUCGACAAGACGAGCAGCUCAGAGCUCUCCGAAGCAAUCAAUUCGAUGUUCAGGUACUACGCCCUCGCGGAGGUUUGCUACGCAUACUUAGGCGAUGUCCCCAGCGACUGCAGCCUGAGUGCGGAUGAGUCCCCAUUCCGACGCAGUCGGUGGCACGAGCGUGGGUGGACUUUGCAGGAGCUCAUAGCCUCGACUCGCGUCUUGUUCCUGGCAAACGACUGGAAGCCACUCCGAAGCAAAUCGGAGCUCGCGAGUCUUCUUGAAGAAAUCACCCUCAUACCCGCUACCGUGCUUUUGUUGGAGAAGGACUUAUCGAGCUUCAGUGUAGCCCAACGUAUGUCCUGGGCGGCGCGUCGGGUGACGACGCGUGUGGAGGAUAGGGCUUACUGCUUGCUCGGCAUCUUCUCUCUCAACAUGACUACUGUGUAUGGAGAGGGCGAAAAUUCCUUUCGGAGACUGCAGGAAAAGAUCAUGAAGCGAUCCGGUGAUACGUCCCUCUUCGCCUGG